ACCGGCCCACGGUGUCAUUUCUGUCUACGCCACUGCUGAAUACAUUACGAUUCGGUACCAAACGGCUUCCAUCGCUGGAAGUCACUCAGAAGCCGUAGACGGCUCUUUAGGUGACGGAUCAAGCCCAGCUUCACAUUUUUCUUUCCCUUUUGGUUACUUUUUUGGGAAAUAAAAGGAGUGCAAAAAGCUACGCCAUAGCAUUGCUAACCUCGCUCUGCGCUUCAACCCCCACACAACUCGGGACAAAACCAGUCUCAGGGCUCACCAUACUCAAUGAGCGGACAGCGCAAUGUCAGAGCGCUCUGGGCAAACUGCAAAGGGGAAGGAAGGCAAAACCAAGUAUGCGUCCCUCAACUUGUUUGAUACAUACAAAGGAAAGAGCCUUGAAACACAAAAGCCUGUUGUUCCCCCCCGCCAUGGCUUGCAGUCUCUCGGUAAAGUUGCCUCAGCGCGGCGCAUGCCACCUCCUGCCAACUUGCCAAGUCUGAAGGCAGAAAAUAAAGGCAACGAUCCCAACGUCUCGCUCGUUCCCAAAGACGGCACAGGAUGGGCAAGCAAACAGGAAACGGCAGACCCAAAGAGUACCGAUGCAUUGUCAGCACCGCAGCAGGAACCGCAGCUGCCUGUGGCUUCACAGACACUUGCACCGAAUCGCACGAGAACCCCACCAGCUUCAGAGGUGCCAGCAGCCACAGUACUGACCCCAGCUUCAACCCAGGCCGCAGGAGCAAGGUCUUGGGCACAGGCCAGUGUUACACAUGGAACACAAGGGGAUGGUGGAAAGGUAUCAAACCUACCGUUGCCAUUCUCUCGAGAGGAAUUUCCCACCCUGCAGGCGGCUGGCGACCAGGACAAAGCUGGCAAAGAACAGGCCACUGCAGAUCAGUGGUAUGGGCCAGGACCAAGCCUCCGCCCUCAAAACGUCACAAGUUGGCGAGACGGUGGGGGCCGAGCCCUGGCACCCACCCUCUCUGGGGAGGGGGCAGUGGAGGGGGGAAAUGGUGGGGCACUCCUGUUGGAAGGUCCAGCUGGGGUUGUGCCUCAGGCCCAUGGACCACCUAGAAACCCUCCAGCAGGAAGCCCUGCCCUGCCCCUGCCUCAGCCUCCUGUUGGGCCGGGAUACCCCCAAUACAGAGGGAUCAUGCCUCCAUUCAUGUAUCCUCCAUUUCUGCCCUUCCCGGCACCAUAUGGCCCUCAAGGUCCUUACAGGUAUCCGACACCAGGGGAAGGACCCACUCAAAGAUUCUCUCGUGGCCAGGGUGGACCUGAAGGUCGCUCGCAAGGUCCUCACCGAGAUGCGGGUGGAGAGGUGGUGAAGCGACCUUCUAUUUUGAAGCAGGAUGAUCUUAAAGAACUCGAUGAGCUAGAUCACGAUGGAGAUGAGGGCUGGGCAGGAGCUCAGGAGGAAAUUGAUUACUCUGCCAAGCUGAAGUUCAGUGAUGAUGAAGGGGAUGAAGAGGGAGAGGAUGAUAAAACUGAGGGCAAAAAUGACUCUCGUGAACCGCAGAGGUCCCAGGAUACCGCUGCUAACUCACAAACCUCCGACAGUGGUGUAGAUACCUGUCAAGAUCUUUCUGCUGUCGCGAACGCCACACUAGAGGGUCCUGUGGGCAAGCAAGGAUGGGGUGAUGAUGGAGCCUGGACUGGUGGCUCUGGAGGACCAUCAGCUCAGCAGGAUCGGUCACAUAACCUGGCUUCAAAUCAGGCCUCUGUUAAACAAGGCCAGCCAGCAACAAAAGGAUCUACUCCCCCUCCGCAGCCUGGCCUGUUGGUCCAUGGUGGUCAGGGAGAUGAUGAAGAUGAGACAUGGCGUCAGCGCAGAAAACAGUCCUCCACUGAGAUCUCUGCAGCAGUGGAGCGAGCUCGUCGACGACGGGAGGAGGAAGAACGCAGGAUGGAGGAGGAGCGUCGUGCUGCCUGUGCCGAGAAGUUGAAACGCCUCGAUGAGAAGCAGCAACAGCAAGGUGGCAGUGUAGGAAACAGUGGUUCCAGUAAAACUCCAAGCCUAGAUGGGACUUCUACAGCAGCCACUGCUGGAAGCCCCAGUCCGUCUUUGUCUGCUUCCGCUUCAUCCCCCAACACCAGUCAACCCCCAUCACCAUGUGUGGAUCCAGAUGAGCCUCCAAUGCUGGCUGUGCAGUCCGGUCCAGUCCCGGCCGUCGCUGACAGACCUCGAGCAAGUAGCAACAGCAGUUAUGACUCUACAACCGAUGCCCAGCCAGGUCCACAGACAGUAGUGACCCAGCCAGUGCAGCCUGCACCAGAGUCUGCUUUAACAGAAAAGAAAGACAAUGUCAGUGGUCCUCCUCAAGUCCGUGCACCUGGUGUGGUUGAACGAGGAGCUGAUCCACUGAAGGUAGAGAACAUUGGGAGUGGUGGGACAGGUCGCCAGCCUGGGGGACCCCCUGGCCCAGGUUACUCAAAGUACCAGAAAUCUCUUCCCCCUCGUUUUCAGAGGCAGCAGCAGGAGCAACUUCUGAAGCAGCAGCAGCAAUGGCAGCAGCAGCAGCACAAUCAGGCAUCUCAAAGCCAGCUUUCCCCGCAACCUCCACAAGGUCCCUCACCAGGCUCAGCAAGCCAGCCUGGACCAGGACCUAAACAGAGUGGCCAGAUGUAUCAGCCCAGUAAUAUGGUGCGUCCGCCACCUCUAACCAUGAAUUUUGACCCACGGUGGGUAAUGAUGUCAUACAUGGAUCCACGCAUGAUGCAAGGUCGCCCUCCGCCCAUGGAUUAUUAUCCUGCCGGAAUGCACCCAUCUGGGCUAAUGGGGCGAGAACGGUCUGAUUCAGGGGGCUCUGGUUCUGACCCCUUCGAUCGGCAACCACAACAUCCGGUACACCAAACUCAUGGGACGCCACCGAUGGAUCCAAAGCUUGCCUGGGGCUCUGAGGUGUUUCCUGGAGCUGCCGAAGGCCGCAGUUUGACAUCGCCUUUGAGACAGAAACAGUCUUUGGAUGAAGAUGAUGUAGCAAAAGGACCGAGGAGUGACACUCCUCCUCACCGUAUGAGAGAUGCCAGUUUUGGAUCUAUCCAACAGCCCACCUCUAGUCCUGGGCCAUCAAAUCAAACCCCACCUCCUGCAAGUGCUCAAAGUUCAGCCCAGGGAACUGGCCAUCAAUACAUAAGUGGGCGAGGCAACUACAGCAACUUCCCAGAUCAUGGUGCAAGGUUGCCGCCGCAGCAGCAAAGGGCAAGUGAAAGGGGGAGCUCCACUCAUAGCUUCAGUCAUCAGGACGAAGGUCCCUCUAGAGGGCAGCAACAGGUUUGGGGAGCCCCGCACAAUCACUAUGAUCGCAAUGGUCGCUCAGAGGCCCCCCCUGCGGAGGGAAACCCUCACCUGCACGCUCAUGGUCCCCACCCUCAGCUGUCACACUUUACUGUGCAUUCACACAAGCCAGAAAACAACCGUGAAAGGGUUGUAGAGGCUCCUCCAAGGAAAACUGAAUCAUCUCCCCCACUUCAACAGCCCUCUCUCUCAUCUUCAUGUUCUUCUACUUCGUCCUCAUCAGCCAGGGAAGAAGGAAAAGUUUCCUCACAAAUUCCUCCCUCUCACAGAGGAGCAGAAGUCGGCCGUGUGGAAAGAGGCGGCAGUGCCGGCAAUAACAUGAAACAUGAAAAGCUCUUUACACCCAACAGCAACCCUCCAGCUCAACAUGGAGGUCAUUCCCAGGCCCAGCAGCAGCACCAUCACGCCCAUCCGAAGUCGAACCAAAGAGGUGGGAGGGAGCACAAGACUGAAACCACAUGGGGUCCAAGGCCUGGUGGAGGGUCUACUCAUGGCAGGAGGGGCAACAACCCUCGCAGUGCUGAAGACUCAACCACAACUUCUGAAAACAAGCCCCCCAAUCACACAGGAGGAAGCAAUGCCAGUAAGCGGGCCGGUCCGAUCAAGAGGCCUGCGCAAAAGGAGGCAAAGAGAGAAGGUGACGGUGAUGGAGGAGAAAAGCCAAACCAUGGUUAUGCUAAAGAUAAAGAGCAAGAUGGCAGCCAGUCUGCUCCCCCUAAACAGGAGGGUUCUUCUGCACAGAACUCGGCAAGUGUAUUGGGUAAAGAGGAGCCGACAGGCAAGCCUAAGAAUGGUGCAAAAGAUAGAAGCCAGGGCGGAGGUGGUGGUGGAGGCAGGGGGUCCAAAGAUGAGAACACAUCUGGACCCACAUCCAGAAAAGAUGUUGAGCGCUCUUUUGAAAGAGUGGGGGCAAACCCUCAUCAGCAUGGAGUCCCAGCCAAGGGGGCAAGAGGCACCCGUGGCAGAGGGGGAGAGUUCUAUGGGCGUGGUCGAGGUUUUCGGGGAACCUACAUAGCCAGCGCUGGACCUAGUGCGACUGGCAGAGGGCGCAUGGGUGGAAGAAGUGGAAGAGACUACCGCUCAUCUGUGGCUUCCGGUGUCCUUCAGGAUGUCAAGGCUGAGGGAGCUAGUGGGAGGCCUGGCAUAGACCGGUCCCAGCACAACCCAGCCAGAGCCAGAAAUCGCAGUGAAACUCGCAGCGAGGGCUCAGAGUAUGAAGAGAUUCCUAAGAGACGGAGGGAGAGGGGCUCUGAAACUGGCAGUGAGAGUGGAGCAAGUGUUCCCUCUGACAAGGAAGAAAACCAGAAAGCUAAAAAGAAAAAUGGUGCCGAAAAUGCCAACAGCAGUGGCAGUGGUAACAUUUCCUCCUCGCAAACAAGAGUCCCACAUGCUCGAGUGUUUACCCCAAGAGGUGUCCCCUCAAGGAGGGGCAGAGGUGGAGGUGGAGCUGGAGGAGGAAGUGGGAAUGUGUACAGGAGUUGUGGAAAUGGAGGCCCAUGUGGCACACACAGAAACCCUCCCAACUCUGGUCCACAGGGGGGAUCUACCAAGCCACCAAAUUCACACCGGAAGCAACAGUCUGUGACGCCAACCUCUGGCCCCAAAGACUUGAGUCGUGGCGGACAUGUGGGAGAGAAGAAGGACAAGAUGGCUGAUGGAAGUCAAGCUCACGGUCAAGGGUCAACUCCUCCGCAGGCAUCUGUGCCUCCUGCAAAUGUAGUACCCACUGAAAAUGGAGCACCAGCGAGCCACCAAGCUAGUCCUUCAUCGGUGUCUGUUGGGCCUAAUUCAGCUCCCCGUGGGUUCCCUCCUGGUGGAUUUGAGCGUCCCCCCAGACGUCGCCGCCACGGACGAUCUCAGCAUCAGCAGGACAAACCACCACGCUUCCGCCGAUUGAAGGAAAGAGAGAAUGCAGCACGCAUCAAUGGUGGAGUUGGGGUAAUUGGUGGGGGAAGACCCUCCUCUCCUUCUUUAAAUUCAGUCCAGGACAUUAACGGAGCCCCAGUCCCAACACCCCUGAUGGGGAAUGCUCAAAAUGUAAACCACAACACUGGAUUAGCAACCACAACCACCACCACCACCAACAACAACAACAACAGUGGCAGUGGGAAUCUUGGCAAUGCCAACAGUCACCACCAUCAUAACUACAACGCCGGCAACAAUGGGCCCACCCACCCGCCACACCACCACCAGAACCAUGGAGCAAAGUCCCCAGACUUUACAAAUCAGAACUCAGACCAGGCCAAUGAGGAGUGGGAGACCGCCUCUGAGAGCAGCGACUUCACUGAAUUCAGAGAUCGUGAAGGCGGAGGAAAGUCUUAUGCCGCUCACCAUCACCAUCAUGUGGGCAGAGGAGGAGGAGGGGUCGUGGUGGAGCGGGAGAUGGCCGGAAAGGAGCCUUUUGCUAACAAAAGAAGCUUCUCAAGCCAGCGUCCUGGAAUGGAGCGGCAAAAUCGCCGGGUCAAUGCUGGCGGAGGUGGUGGACGAGGUCAUCGGGGUCCACCUGGUGGUGGAACUGGGGGCGCUGCUAAUUUCAGUGGUAACCGCGGAGAGAAGCGGGGCAACUGGCCCUCUCCAAAAAAUAGAAAGUAAAUGAUAUAUUGAAGAACAUUUUAGAGAAACCCACCUUCAUCACCACCAUUUUAAUCCUUUUAUUAUCUUACCGGCUUAAUUUCAAGUUUGCACUCUAAAACUAUCGUGCUUUGUUCAGAAUCUCAUUUUCAUUUUACCCCCCACCUUCAGUCUGCUAUCUACCGUCCUUUAUUGUAUAUUUCUCUCUUUGUUCCGUCUUGUUUUCCAUUUUAAUUGUGCCCCCCACCCCACCCCCACCAAUAAGCAAGGAUCCAACAUUUAUUUAAAAGGCAUGCGGUCCUGUUGUUAAGGUGCACGCAGUUUCACUGGCAACAGACAUGUUCGCAUAUAGAAGCACAAUGUAACGUUUUAGAUGUGAUCAAGUUGUCAACUAAACAAGGGAUUAAAUUGGAAGCUCUCUAGAAUGGCCUGACUUUUAUAUUCAUGUAGUGGUGUAUUUCUGCCGCGCUGGCGGCAUUCAGCUGUGCAGUUUUGCAUUACUUGGCUCACGUUUGUGUGUGAGGGGAAAUAUUCCGCUAUUUUACAACUGUUCAAGUUCCCCGUUAGGUUUUUGUGCUCAGCAUCACCAACACAUGUCAAAACUUAACACGGCUUGUGCAGAUGGUGUGAUGUUUUAUUGCUGUUCUUGUAGCGUCCUCCUGACCUGCUCAACUUCUGCACUCUCUGAGAAUAAAUAAAAAUAA